AUGGUUGCAAAUUAUGUUAGAGAAUUGCGUAUAUUUAUUCAAAAAGUUCAGUUUGGAAAACCUGCAGACAGCUAUUAUCCUCUAAAGAGCUUCUGGCCUCAAGCUAAACCCUCCAGAGGCACAGCCAACUGGGUCCACUGGGCUAAUGACAUCCCAUGUUCUGAAAGGAGCUUCAGCUCUGGCAAAGAAGGUCUGAAAUCCACAGUAACCCUAUUGUGCAAGCGGCAAGAGCAUAAAGUGCAGUUAUGGCCAGGGAUGCCUCUCACAAAAAACAAGGGGGUUCCAUUGCUGCAAGGGACAUUGCUGUUAGAAGGGACCCAGGAUCUCUCCACCUACAACUGGAAUUCCUUUGGUUUAAGAUAUGGAAAGAGGCAAGCAAUAAAAGCCCAGGAAAAAUCAAGAAAUCCUCAAGAAUAA